AGGAGGAGGAGGAGGAGAGACAGGAGGGAGGAGGGAGGAGGUGACUCGCGAGCGGCUGCGUUUCAGACUCAGCGAGAGGAUCAUGGCGGAUGGCCCCAGGUGUAAGCGCAGAAAACAGGCGAACCCGAAGAGGAGCAGCGUGACAGAAUUCAACAAUGGCUUGGAGGCCAGUUCAGACUCCGACGAUGAGGACAAGCUACACAUCGUGGAGGAGGACAGUCUGCAGGAGCCCGAGGUCGCCGGCGCUGAUGGGACCACACCGAAGGACAGCCAUGACGCCGCCACAACAGUAUUACCAGUCAACGGCUCCUGGAACGGAGUGAAGGAAGAGUGCGUGUCAGAAGAAGAAGAAGAAGAAGAAGUAGAAGGAGAAGAAGAAGAAGAGGAGGUGGUGAAAGAUGCCCUAGUGGAGGAGAUUCUCCAGCAGGGAGACACAGCCAUCAUCUAUCCCGAAGCCCCCGAGGACGAGCAGAGUCCAGCAGAGACGGGAGGCGCAGAUGAAAACGGCACCCCAGAUUCCUUCUCCCAGUUGCACACUUGCCCCUACUGCUCCCGGGGCUACAAGCGCAACGCCUCGCUGAAGGAGCACAUCAAGUAUCGCCACGAGACCAGCGAGGACAACUACAGCUGCUCGCACUGCAGCUACACCUUCACGUACCGCUCGCAGCUGGAGAGGCACAUGAGCCACCACAGGGGCACCAGGGAGCAGACGACGGGAGGAACAGGUGGAACCCGUAAAUUCAAGUGUACUGAAUGUUCCAAGGCCUUCAAAUACAAGCACCACCUGAAGGAGCACCUGCGCAUUCACAGCGGUGAGAAACCAUAUGAGUGCUCAAACUGCAAGAAGCGAUUCUCCCACUCAGGCUCCUACAGCUCCCACAUCAGUAGUAAGAAGUGUGUGAGUGCAGCACCCCCGAACGGUGUCACUCGGACAUCGAUCAAGAUCAAGUCCCCUCCCACCACCACGACCACACCUGUCAUGAUCGCUCCAGCCCGCAUGAUUUUGAAAGAGAAGACUGAAAGCAAACCCCUCCAAGAGCAGCUCCCCGUCACCCAGAUCAAAUCUGAACCUGUGGAAUACGAGUGCAAGCCCGUGACGGCAGCACCGGCGACAUCAACUGGUGCCAACGGAGUAGUGAACGGAGGGACGACGACGACGUCGACGACGGUCCAGGCUGCAGCGCUGCCUCAGGGCGUGGCUAUGGUCGUACCCACGGUCGGCUUAAUGUCGCCCAUUAGCAUCAAUCUGAAUGACUUGCAGAACGUGCUGAAGGUGGCCAUGGAUGGAAAUGUGCUCAGGCAGGUGUUGGGUACAGCCAACAGGGUGGUGACGCAGGGGAAGCAGGGAAUUGUAGUCCAGCAGCCACAGCAGCAGAUCAUCAGCCUGCCGGCCUUCGUGGAUCACGACGGCACCACAAAGAUCAUCAUCAACUACAGCAUCAGCCCUGCAGCCGCCACCACUGCCACUACCCAGCCUGCACCGUUUAUUGUUAAAAAUAAUCCUCUCCCCGCUCCUACGGUUACCACCGCUGCAACCCCCACCCCCACCAAAACAGAUAGACCCUCAACCCCAGAGGUGACUGACCUCACCAUCGUCAAGGCAGAGCCAGAAUCAGCACCCGUCACAGACACGGAGACGGUGGCGGCCGCACAGACAGAAAAAGGAACUGUUAAGACUUCACACACUGAAAAAGCUCAGAUGCCAAAACCCAGCAGCCCCAGUACAUGUUUACUAUGUGACGACUGUCCCGACAACCUGGAGGCGUUGCACCUGCUCCAGCACCGCAAAGCAGCCAACGGGGAGGCUGUAGACUCCGCCGCCCUGGACCCCUCGUUCGCUGCUCUGCUAAGCGAGGCAGGGGUGACGCUGGAAGAACCACCUGUGGACGACCUCCUCUCACUCCUCAAGACCUACUUCGCCUCCAAUGCCAAUCCCAGCCAGGAGGAGCUGAGAAAGAUCUCGGAGUCUGUCAGUAUUCCCGUGGACGUGGUCAGAAAGUGGUUUAUCAAGAUGAACUCUGGGAAAAAUGUGGGCAAAUCCUGCAAUGACACAGCGGUUUCCAAAAAGACUGAAACCACAAAUUCCAAUUCAGAGGAUGUCUCAAAUCAGAACGGAGAGACCGAGGAAGAGAUCAAACCGGAAGCAUCCGCCAAAGCCUCAACAGAAUCUGGAAGCGCUUCCCCUUCCUCGCCACUAAGCCUCAACACCGGUGACCUCGUCAUCGUUAAAAGCGAGCCAGAAGACCCGGAGGCCCCGGACUCCCAGGCUGAGCCCCUGGACCUCUCCCUUCCUAAACAUCUUGCAGCAGCGUUGGAAACCAAAACGACAACGCCUCCCGCCAAACAACAGGAACAUCCUCUGAACCUGACCUGCCUGAGGAAGGAGCAGCUCGAAGGUCAAACCAUCUACGUCAACACGCCUCAGACCGGAAGACCUGUCAACAUCGUCACCGCCGCGCAGCUGCCCACAUUGGUGGCCAUCGCUAGUCAGGGCACGGUGGGCUGUCUCAGCGCCAUCAACACCACAACGAAGCGAACCAUCCUCAUCCCCCAGCUCACCUACACCUACGCCACUACGGCCGGCAGCGCCACUGGAGCAAAGACUGUCGUACUCAACGGACAUAAGACGGAGAAGAGACUGGACAGCAGCUCUGAUAGCAUUUCCGUGGCGGAGGAGCAGAACGACGCGGAUUUCGCGGUGAUCAAGAGGCGGCGGCUGGAAAACGGCGUUUACCCCUGUGAUCUUUGCUCCAAGGUCUUCCAGAAGGGCAGCUCCCUGCUCAGGCACAAAUACGAACACACAGGAAAACGCCCUCACGAGUGCGGCGUCUGCAAGAAGGCCUUCAAACACAAGCAUCACCUGAUCGAACACUCGAGGCUGCACUCGGGUGAGAAACCCUACCAGUGCGACAAGUGCGGGAAGCGUUUCUCUCACUCGGGCUCUUACUCCCAGCACAUGAACCACCGUUACUCCUACUGCAAGAAGGACGGGCCGAACUCGGGCUCCGGCUCGGGUCCCAGCAUGUUCCAGUCGGAGCUCGGCAGUCCCGGCGCCGGCGUGCAGUCGGACAGCCGGACCACGACCCCGCCCUCCCAACUGGACUCAGACGAGAGGGAGAGCGAGGAAGAGGACGACGACGACGAGGCCAUGUGCAUGGACGACAUCCGGGUGGUGCAGGUGGACGACGGCGAGUGCGAGAUCUACGAGGGUAAUUUCGACGAUUUCGUCGAAGAAGAGGAGGUGGUGGCGGAGGAGGAAGAGCCAACAGGAGAAGGAGAAGAAGAAGAGGAAGAGAGAGAGGAGAUGGAGGAAGAGGUCAUCUCCGAGGUGGUCACGGUGGAGCUGAGGAACGAUCACCCGGAGGACGAAGAGAUGGAGGAAAUAACCGAAGAAAAGGAGGAAGCGGCAAGUGUGGAGACGGAGGAGAUGGCAGACUGUGAAGCGGAUACGGACAAAAGCAUCAGGGAGGGCGCAGACGGCGGCGAACCCACAGAGGAAGUGGUGACAGACGCCAAAUAAAAGGAAAGGAAAACUUCUUCGGGACAGUUCGAAACUGUUGGGUCAUCUGCGUCGACUUAAUGAAGACAAAACCGCAUCUUGCCAUCAGAAGGAAGUCAUGGCGGUUGCCUGAUCUUAACGGUCCACUACUGUGUACAAAAACCCAGGUGUGCCUGAACUUGAAAAAAAGAAAAAAAAAAUACAAAACAGUGACUUUUUUUCUUGUGGAAAAUAUCAGUGUUAAAAAUUGUUUAUAGAAGUACAGAUUUUAAAGCCGAACUCUCCCACCAACUUGUUAGACUUGUUACUGAGACAUCCCAGGUUGUUUUAUUGUUUGUUUGUCUGUCUGUUUUCAUUUGAUCAGUGUUACUAAUCUUGUUCUUGUUUGAAAACAUUUUAACCUGUAAAGAUGAGAAAGAUUUCUAUACCUUUUUAUUGCCAAUGAAGUUUCCUAAAUCAGUAUUUUAUUGAGUUCUACGAACAAAAACCUCUGCACUACAGUAUUCCUGGUUUACCUAUGGAUACAUGCCUCAUGCAUCGUAUGCCCUUCAGUGUUAUAUACAUACACUAGCUAGCGAGAUGUUGUCUGUGUUAGUGUUAAGUUAGUCUUUGCUAGCUAGCAUUUUUACGUUUUGUUUUCAGUUUGACUGUUAGCCUUAAGGAAAACAAAGUAUUCUUGGGGAAGGGUUGUGGGCGGGAUGGGGAGUCCGGGAUGAGAAACGUGGCUUCUGUACGCCAUAACCAAAUUUGUCCUAUCAGGGAAGGUAAAGUCACAACCUCAAAGCCAGCAUCGGGGCGCUGAUGUUUCGCAACCCGGCGUAGCACCCGACGGACGGAGCCUCCGGGUGAAAGCUCCGCCCGCCCGGCUCAGCCGCGGCUACGAAACACACGCGCCCGUUCUUACCGAGCUUCUCCUUCUUUUUGGUUGAUUUUUUUUUUAAGUUCUUGGUCAGUGUUUCAGUGUUUAUCAGCUUAACAUAUGAAGUCAUACAUGAAGGAACAGGGCUGUUACCUGCUCCACCCCAAUGCCUCCAGCCUUAUGCAAGACCUGUGUGCUGUUAAAAGUGCCAUUGAACAGUGUUAUCAUUUCUUCACACAUGUAGCCAGUAUUAUGUCCCUCUGUUACUUACACAAGACCCAUAUUGACUAAUGUUUGUUGACUUGCUCAGAACAGCAGCUUUACGCCACAAUUAUUAAAAGAUCCGUCAUGAGAUAUUAAUCAGAAUACGUUUGAGGCCUUUUAAAGUAUUUGAACCACACAAAGUGACAGGAUUAGGGCUGCAACUAACAAUUAUCUUAUUUAUCAAUUAAUCUGCUGCAAUUAAUCUCCUAUUCGAAUAUUCAACUAAUAGUUUUGUCUAUAAAAUGUCAGAAAGUAGUGAAAAAUGCCUGUGAUAAUAUUCCAGAGCUCAACGUUUUCUUUUUUUUCCCCCUUUAUUACCUGCCCAAUUGUCCAAAACAUGAAAAAUAUUCUGUUUACAAUCAUAUAAAACAGAAGAAGCUGAAACCAGAGAAUUAUUGUGAUUUCUUUCUUAUAAAUGACUGAACUGAUUAAUCAACUUAAAAAAUGGUUGCAGAUUGUUUUGCUGUUGAUCAACUGAUGAAUUCAGCCUUUUACAGUUUAUCUAUAUAAAAUAAGGCUUCUGGGUCUUUACACUCAUAAUUUUAUUUUUUGAUAUUUGCAAUAAUUUUCAGUUACAGAAGAGUUGAUAGAGUUGCCAACAAAACCCACCCAAAAGAUACGCGUGGGACCCGAUCAGAAAUACAUUGCACACUGAGCUUACCUGUGGAUAUAAAAUGCCUUCUAACCUUGAAAUGAUCAGUUUCACUCUGAUGUUUGAAACACUUAAAAGUUAAAUAUUAAUAGUUGGACUUAAUAUCAUAAGUCUCAAAGUUUGAAAAAUGUUUACACAAGUGCUUAAAAACAGAAAAUGUUCUGUUAACAGCUAUUUGAUGCUAAAAACCAUCCCUGAACAUACAGGGAACGUUAUAUCUCCAACUUUCUCCACCAGAUUAGUUCAAGAAAUCAAAACUAUAUUUAGAAUAAAAAAUAGUUUAAAAUAAGAUUGAGGACUUGACACUAACAUGAUGAAUUUUGUCAGACUUGUGCACUUGUUUUCAGAUUGUUUAAAAAGAAAAAUAGUGGCGAGCUGUCCCGCACUUCAGGUAACAAACAUUAGUGAAUGUGGUCUCGGUUGAAGUGUUUUCAGUUGGUUUUUACCAAACAGUGUUUAUUUUAUUAGUCUGUUUUAAUUCUGUUUGUUUUAUGUGUGUCCUCUGUAUGUUUUUUCAACAAUGGCAGUAUUAGAACCCUGUUCACAGAUUUAAAAAAAAAAAAUGUACCUGUUAGUUUUUAGCAGACUUUUUUAUAUUUAUGUGUCUUAUUUUUAUAUUUUCUUUUAUGGUUAUUUAUUACACAUUGUAGUGUACAUUACUGUAGUUUGAAUUGAUACAAUAAUAUAUUUUAGUAUGAAAAAUAAUCUUGAGACAAACAACAAAAAAAAAAAAUUCCCAAAAUGUGGUUCUGGGAGCUGAGGUUUGUUUUGACAAAAAAAAAAAAAAAAAAAAAAAAACCAUAAAAAAGAAUAAAACAUGUAUUCUGUAAACAUGACUUCUGUUUUAAGCUAAAAGAAAAAAAAAGAAUGAAGUGAGAAAUAGAAACUGUUACAUGUGCAUCCGCUCUUUGCGUCGUUAUGAAGCUACUGAAUUCUAAAACUCUGUGAUUUUAAAAGCAUGAGUCGUCGCCGUUUUAAUGAAGGAUCCUUGUUAUGAAGAGUUACUCCUCCCUUCUUAUUUCGAAAAAGCCAAAUUUAGAUCGUUGUCUCGCAAAACCCCCCGUUUUCUGUUCUGUGCCAACUUGUUCCAUUGUACUGUCGAAGGCUGCAUAUUGUUUGUCCUCUACACGCCCUUUGUAAAUCCACUGUCUUUUUGUAUUGUUUUUAUUUUUAGUUUUGAUCCAUUUUUAUGACUCCCCAUCACAAUAAAAUAUAAGACAGCA